CUAUUGUGGUAUGAGGGUUGAUGGGCGGCUUUUGGAACAGAGAUCGAGCAGGUAAACCCGUACAGUAAUAUCGCAUGCCCGAAUAGCUCCCGGCUGAGCAGAGUGAUUGAGAAGCAACAGUUACGGGACAGAGGCUACAAGGCGAAGAUUUGUGAUCAUAAUGGAUGAUGAAGAUAUAAGUGAACGGAAACUGAAAAUUGCCUCUAUCUUGGAUAGAGUUAAAAGUUUUAAGACCAAGUAUGGAACAGAUGAUAACUGGACUGAUGAAUUAACAUUUUCAAAGUCUUCUGCUGACACUACAGAGCACUCUGGCAUUUUUACACACUUGGUUACCACAAAGACUCCCGAAGAAUGGCUAAAUUAUCUUCUAAAAUUAGAGAAUACAGGCCUGCCUCAGAUUGACCCACUACUGCUCAAUAAGUUAAUUGAUGAUUACAGUCAAGCUGUUGGAGCCCUCUCUGCAGAAAAACACAGUCACAACGAGAGCUAUGCUAAAAUCCUGGUCCGCUUUGCCGAACUGAAAGCAAUCCAUGACCCAGAUGAAGCACGGGAUCAGUUCCAGCUUGCAAGACUUAACUGCAAAAAAUUUGCAUUUGUGCAUACAGCUUUUGCCCAGUUUGAGCUGUCAGAAGGCAAUUUUAAAAAGUGUAAGCAAAUUCUUCGUAGAGGUCUGGAAUGUGGAGCUCUUCCUUGUGAAAUGUUGAACUUGGCGUUGAAAAAUUUACAGUUAAAGAAGACUCAGCUGAUAUCCGAAGAAGAUAAAGAAAAUUUAGCAGUGUCAUCAAGUCAGAUCAAUCAAGGCAUGGCUGGUUAUCAGAAUUUGGCAUUGGGAAAUCCACAAAGAAUGAAGAAUGAAAGCCCAGAGGAAUAUUCUGUAAAAACAAGAUUUUCAUAUGGAGAAAAGUUAAGCUCCCCAGAAGACUUUGAAGAUAUAGGGAGGAAACCUUUGCUAAACAUGCCUGCCAAGAGCUGUCCUUUGGGCAGAGUGCCUGUACAGCCAACAACAUCUCCAGAUAUGAGAACACGCAAGAGUGAUGGUUCUGGCAGUUCUAGUGUAGUGAAGAAACCACCAAGUUCCAUGCGUGUGCCUGUCCUUGCUGCUUUGCCAAAACCGAAAUAUUUGGGAGAUGAUCUUCAUUGCUCUGAAGACAUAAAGUUACCAAGCAGGACCAGCCCAUCGCAUGAAGAACAGGCUAAUGAAGACAGUUUAGAUAUAAAAACACCUUCAUCUGUUCUGCUUAGUGGCACUGAAUCAACCCUGACAGUCAAAAGAAACGAAGAUAUAAUUAUGGAAGACAAAGACUCUUCUACAGCUGUUCUCAACCAUCAAGAAAAUAGAAAACCAUCCAAACCAGCUCCACCACCUAUACCCAACAUUAACGCAAGGCUCUCUGACACUACUAAACCAAACAAUAUUGAGGCAGAAUGGAAGUGGAAGGUUCCGGAGACACCCAGGCAUAUUUUCCAGCCAGAGUGCAAACGGAAGAGUAUUGAACCAUGUGCUAAUCCUGGUUCCCGACGAGCUUCUCCACCAGCACCCUCUAUUAGGAAAUGUGACCCUGUCUUUGUUUGUGGAACACCAGUGAAUAAAAUGCAAGAGGAUUACAUGAAUUGCUUUAGAACUCCAGUUGUAAAAACUAACCUAGGACCAUUGGCACAGAUGUCCACACCUUGUACCAACCGUUUAGAUUAUCAGCACCCACAGACUCCUAUUGUACAACCUGGCUGCUUUCCAAUUUCUGCACCUCUUGCUUCAAGUGAUUGUAUUGUAGUUAAAGGAAGAGUGUAUGCAGUUUUAAAACAAAUUGGAACUGGUGGAUCUAGUAAGGUGUUUCAAGUAAUGGAUGAUAAAAAGCAUUUAUAUGCAAUCAAGUAUGUGAAUCUGCAAGAAGCUGACCAGCAGACCAUAGAAAGCUAUCAGAAUGAAAUUUCUCACUUAAACAAACUUCAGCAACACAGUGACAAGAUCAUUAGGCUCUAUGACUAUGAGAUUACAGACCAACAUAUUUACAUGGUAAUGGAGUGUGGAAAUAUAGAUCUUAAUACUUGGCUAAGGAAGAAAAAGGCUAUUAAUCCUUGGGAACGAAAGAGCUACUGGAAAAAUAUGCUUGAGGCAGUUCACACAAUACAUCAGCAUGGGAUUGUACACAGUGACUUGAAGCCAGCAAACUUUUUAAUUGUUGACGGGAUGCUUAAGCUAAUAGACUUUGGCAUAGCAAACCAAAUACAGCCGGAUGUCACCAGCAUUGUUAAAGAUUCACAGAUUAGUCCAAAAGGUGAUGUCUGGUCUCUGGGUUGCAUAUUGUACUGCAUGACAUACGGGAAGACUCCUUUUCAACAUAUAACUAAUCAGAUCACUAAACUUCAUGCAAUUCUGGACCCUGGUUAUGAAAUAGAGUUUCCUAAUAUACCAGAGAAAGACCUCCAAGAUGUACUAAGGAAAUGUUUAGUACGAAAUCCUAAGGAAAGGAUAUCCAUUGCUGAGCUCCUUGUGCACCCAUAUGUUCAGAUACAGCCUCAUACACAGCCAGAUCAACAAGUGCAAAAAGAGACGACUGAGGAAAUGAAGCGUAUACUAGGACAGCUUAUUGGUCUGAAUUCUCCAAAUUCCAUAUCUCGAGCUGCAAGAAGUUUGUAUGAUCAGUUUAACAGUGGCAGAAGCUUGGAUCUGUCAGCACUUGGAACAACAGUUAAUCAAAACACACGGACUAUGAAAUAAAGGACACUAACCAUGAUUGCCUGAGAUGUUACAAUUAACCUUAAGCUUCCAUUUUGCCUCAUCCCAGUCUGAUGGGAUAGUUUUAUAAAACUUGAUAGUACGUUACCCUACAGAAACACUGUUGGCACUGGGGAUAAGUAUAUGUGAAGUAAAUAUCUGUGCGUACAUGUAAAUAUUUUACUCUGUUUUUUCUCGUUAUUGGUCUUCAUGAUCAAUGUAAAUAACUGUUUUUGUUCCUUUUGUCUUUUAAAAAAUGUGUUUUAUUCAAAAUGCAUUUCAACUGCUCUUACUGCUUGACGUCUAACAAUUCAUUUUGGCUAGUUGCGCAGGGGUUUGUUUAGAGGGAAUGAGUACAAAUUGUGAACCAAAGUGCAGAACUUAAAAGCAAGGGGAAUCCGCCUUGUUCUGUACAGUUAUACAGUGCUGGACUUGCCUCUUGCAUUGAGCAUUUCUUUGCAUUACUGUUAUUCCUCCAGUUUUAUUAGGGGCUCAUGGCUUGUAUCCAUUUGCUAAAGAGGGCUGCAGAAGUACUGCUUGGUGCAUAAGAGGGUUAUGAUAUCAUAUGGAAUGCAUAGAGAAAUAUUACUGUUAUCACACAAUAUGUGGUAAAAGGUUUCCACUCUGGUGGUUCGCACUCAUAUUAGGCCAUGCACAUUGUUGUCAUAUGUGUGUGUGUGUGGGGGGCAUUUUCCCAAACUGAAUACAUGCAUAUAAAUUAAUCACAAAUAAUAAAUAUCACAAAGGUGUUAUUCAGUCAAUGAAGAAGGACUAAAAGAUCCAUUGACUGAAGACACUUUUUAAUUUGCAUGGUUUGUUUUUAUUGUAGCACCAUAGCCAUUAAAUAAAAUUGAUGUGAAUGCACACACACACACAACUGAUAGUAAUGCAAAAUGCAGUUAUCAUAGAGGAAUUGUUCAGUGAAAACAGGCAAAUAGGCUGUAGGCUAUGCAAAAUAAAAAAAUGUUUUCAAUAUAGUUAGCCAAAAAUGUAAUCUAUAAAGGCUGGAGUGAGUGGAUGCCUAACCUAAUAGCCAGAACUCAACUUUAUCCUUUGCUGCUUUCUAACCUGUUAAAAGUCAGUCAGUAACUAAUCACUGACGUGAGCGGGGAACCAUAUAGGACAUAACUGUUUCUUUUGAAUCUGACCUGUGUGCUAAGGAUCAAAAGCAAACUAAGUGAACAUUUAUGCCCUCCCCCCACACAUUUUGCUGACUAAGAGGCUGCAGAGCUGAAAGCAGGAAGUAGUGUUCUGGCUAUUAUGUUAGACAUCCACUCACCCCAGCCUUUAUACAUUACAUUUUUGGUUAACAAACUAAAUAAAAAAAAUGUACCUAGUUUUAUUUUUACAUUGAACUGUUCCUUUAAGGAAAUCAGUAUUCUGCUGAAGUUUGCCUUUAACAUUGUGGAAGUGGAAAAGCAUUCUUGUUUGUAUAUAUAUAUAUAUAUAUAUAUAUAUAUAUAUAUAAACACACAGAGCUGCUAGUAGCAACUUCUUGUAGUGGCUGCUAAAACAGACAAUGCUGAUCAUUUAGCAGACGCAAUUCUCAGUAUUGUCUAUGGCAAGGUGUUUUCUGGCAUUUAGUACCCGUGAAAAGUAGCUGCUACUAGUAGCUCCUUGUGUCUUGUGACAUCAGCUUCAGGGCCAAGACUGGUAUCUCUGCUUUAAAAUUGUUUAAUCAUGCCAGUGCUUCAAGAAAUGUCACCAUUAAAACUAAGUCUUUUGUGAAACCAGGACAAACAAUAUGGUGGCCCCUAGCAGUCAGAAACCAAUCCUGGAGGUGUAGAGGUUCUGUUCAGGCAUAUCACUGCGCUACUGAGAAGUUGAAGUUUGAUGCCCCAUGUGCCUUCUAUAUGAAUGCAGUAAAGAAUAAAAUCAGAUCCAGCUUGCUUGUAACUGUGCCUAGAGAACAAAUCCAGUUGCACUUUCAGAGAACACUUCCUAGUUAAAAAAUAAAAGUUAGUGAAUGUAAUGUGCCAGCACAGUUACUAUGUGCUAGUUACUAUGUUGUGCAGGGAGCACAUGUAUACUUUUUAAAGAAUAUGGAAACUAAGACUCUGUCUCAGUUUUACUGAACACUAUGAUUUUAUUAAAGGGACAGCUAUUGAUCCCUACUUCCCCCUAUAACCUGUUUCUAGUCACAAGCUUGGUGUUAAGCACAUCUACAUUAUUUCUAAAGUAUAUGUAGGAAAGGAUCCCUUUUAAAGGCUUACUGUCACCAGUUAGUUAUUGCAUUCUGAUGCAUUGUUCUGUGGUGUGCUCUUAACAAUAUUUUAACAAACUGCACUCUGGUUUUGCUCAGCACCUUUCGGUUUAUUGAAUGGUGCUUGAUGUAUUCUAUCCCUCGGACUCAAAUCCAGUUGUUAGCUCUGGAUUACCAUUUUUUACAGGCUGUAUCAUUAUCCACUGGUUUGCCAUGCUGAUACCGAUGUAUAAUCCAUGCAUUACCAAGCCUUUGAUUGUGGCUAUUGCAUGGCAGUGUUCCUUUCCACCUUACAAAGCAGUAUGUAUGGGAUAAUUGUAUUGUAUGAAAAAUAAAGAUCCUGCCUCCUUUU